AUGGCUAUCAUUAAUACAAAGGAGACGGAUGAUUCCCGAAAGACAUACACCUGUUCAACUAUGGAAGAAAGAGCCUUGAUACCAGUGACAUUUCCACGAGAUAACCCGACUAUCUCAUACUGGCAGGAUCCGCCAGAUGAGAUCGCUGACCUUCGUUCGACCGCUGAACUUCCCCAGGAUGCAGAUAUAGUUAUCAUCGGCUCCGGUAUUAGUGGUGCAUGCAUUGCAUACAAUAUCCUUGCUCGGUCGCCAAAUACAAAAGUGGUCAUUUUAGAAGCCAGACAAGCGUGUAGCGGUGCCAGUGGACGAAAUGACGAAGCAGUCAAGAUCGCGAGACUAGAGUACGAUACCAUCAAGCAAGUUCAUGCAUUUGCUAGGGAGCAUGGCAUUUCUUGCGAUAGCCGCGAACUAGAAACCGUGGAUAUUAUCUACGACCAAACGGUCUGGGGUAAAUUGGUGCAAGCCAUCGAUGUAAUGCGAAAAGCCAUGGGGGAGGACGACCCUGCUAGCAAGUAUACACUCUGGAGCAGCAAGGAUGCAGAGGAAAGGUUUCUAUGCAAAGGAGCCGUUGGUGCCAUUACCUACGAAGCUGGAAGUCUCAGUACAUAUAAAUUUGUGAUCGGGGUGUUGAGAUUGUGUCUGGAAAAGGGUGCAAAUCUACAGACCGGAACUCCUGUCACUGGCAUCACUUCAGCUUCAGAGGACAAUGAUAAACAGUGUUGGGCCAUCUCGACUCCACGAGGCAGACUUUUUGCUUCCAAGGCCGUUAUGGCGACGAAUGGCUAUACAGCUGCCUUGUAUCCUAAGCUGCAAGGCAGGAUUGUGCCAUUAAAGGGGCAUAUUACUGCACAACGACCUGGAGCAAACAUGCCAACGGAUGGCCUCUCUCACACAUACUCUUUUAUAUACGCUGGCGGCUUCGAUUAUAUGAUUCCCCGUCCAAAGGGAUCCAAGUUUGCGGGAGAUAUCGUGAUAGGAGGCGGGUUUACUAAAAGUAAAGACCGAGGAUUAUCUGAAUAUGGAACCACGGAUGAUACCACACUUGCACCAGAGAUCAGUGAAUAUCUGACCAGGAGCACGGAGAAGUUCUUCGGCGAUAACUGGGGUCAGGACGACCCUGAGGGUAGAGUACGGCGGGAGUGGACCGGGAUUAUGGGAUAUAGCACUGAUGGGUUCCCAUGGGUUGGUGACGUUGCCGGAGAACCUGGGUUGUAUAUCUCUGCCUCAUUCCAAGGACACGGUAAUGCUGCUUCCUCCUCUGUUGCUGGCUUCUCAUUUAUCCACCGUCUACUAACAUGUUUCAUACCAUAG